UAUGUCUAGUAGUAGCCGCGCGCUCCCGGGUCUCUCUGGUGGAAGUCCGUGUUCGAGUGACACCUCGUCUCUGCUCUUACCUUCCCUUAAACCAAGUACCAUGGAGGAAAUAAGUAGUUGACGUUUCCUGCUGCAACCUUCUCUUUUAAGUUUUCUUCCCGUCUGAUCACUGAGUCACUGAAUUCGCUUUUUUGACGUUUUCAUCUUCUGACGACUUUUGUUAACGAGCUCUCGCGCACCCCCACGGAAACAUGAAGUACAUCAUCGGCAUCGGCGGCGUAACCAACGGAGGGAAAACCACCCUCACUAACAGACUGAUAAAGAACCUGCCCAACUGUUGUGUUGUCCAUCAGGAUGACUUCUUCAAGCCCCAAGAUCAGAUUGAAGUUGAUGAAGAUGGCUUUAAGCAGUACGAUGUCAUCACAGCUUUGGACAUGGAUGCGAUGAUGAGUACCAUUUAUGCGUGGUUGGAGAACCCGGUGAAGUUUGAGAAGUCACAUGGCGUUAAUAACACCCUGGAUAAUGAGAUCCUUCCACAGUCUGACCAAAAGGAGGAGGAAACCCACAUUCUUAUUGUGGAAGGAUUCCUGCUUUACACCUAUGGACCUUUGAUCGACGUGUUGAACCAGCGUUACUUCAUUUCCAUCCCAUAUGAAGAAUGCAAAAAGAGGAGGUGCUCCAGGAACUACGCGGUGCCAGAUCCCCCCGGCCUGUUUGAUGGCCACGUCUGGCCCAUGUACCUGAAACACAAAAACAUCAUGGAGGGAUCUGGAGUUGAUGUCGUGCAGCUAGAUGGAACCAAGUCAAAGGAACAGCUGUUCAACUUUGUCUAUGGCAACAUCCUCAAUAACAUCCAGAAAUCUCUUUAACAAACAAAGGUCUUGUGAUCGGCUAAAAGAGCAUAUACACCGCCUGCAAGAAAAAGACCGCCUUGCCUUAAGUUUUUACCUGGCAGCUCAUUUAGCUGACUGCUACGAUUUUUUUGUAAAUGUUUAACAAACGGCAUAAAAUGCUGACAUUUUUAUAUCGACCAUAUUUAUUGCUAUGUUUCAGCCUACACUCCGAGAGAGUUGAUGGAUUUGUUGAGAGGAUGCUUACACUUGGUUGCAUUUGUCAAUAAAUGAUCCUCAUGUGGA